AUGGCCUCCAGAACUUGCCCUAAGUGGACCUUGUUUAUUCCGUUAUUUAUCAUUAUCAUAAGUUUUGGGCUGAAUAUAGCAAGCCUUUCUCAUCCUACAUGGGUUUCACAAGGCAGUUCUUUAGAAUUCAGUCUCACUAAAUGUACUAACUGUCCAUCCUCAAAUGAUCAAUGAAGCUGGGAAUGUUAUGCGCAAUAUUACUGCGAGCUAAAUGAUGAUCUCGGAGACUGUAAACUUUUCAAAGACGGCUAUAAAGCAUCUUAUGCCUACUUGUUCCUAGAAGUUUUGUCAUUAAUGCUAACUGUGAUGCUCAUCGAAAAGCUCAUAAUUGCAGGGACAGGUGGAGAUUAUGGGAGCCCAAUGCUCAUUUACAUUAUUUCAAGUUUUGUGUUUAUCUGUCAUUUACUAGCAACUAUCAUUUGGUUUGGGCUUUCAAAAGCGUCAUGAAGUGGAUCUUGUGAUAGCACUAAAAACCCAACAACUGAUACAGACAGGCCAGAUUUUUGUGCUGAAGGCGGCCCAGCUAUUGCUAUUGCAAAUAUUUUUAUAAACGCUUUUGCAGUUGUCGCAGUGUUUUUCUUCAUGUGCAAAAGAGACAGACUUACAGAUGGAGUCCGAUUAGGUGUUGAAGAUGGAAAAUGGCUUUGUCUACCUACUAGGUAUUGGAUGUUUAUUACACUUUCUCUGCUAUUUACAGGAAUUAUUUUCUUAUUAGCAGCAAUAGGAGAAGACAGCUGGGUAAAAAGAGAUCCAAGAGCCCACCAUAUGCAUGGUAGCUUAUUAAGGUGCAAAGACUGUAUCGCUGAUUAUGAUUGGGUCGGCUGGGACUGCUUAGCUGGGAAUGAAUGCGACUCUGAUAGCAGCUCUGGAGCUUGCCACUUAUUUAAGCAUUUAAGAGACUCUUCUUCAGCCUUUGUGACGCUAGCUGGAAUUACUGUUGUGUUGAUUGCUAUGUUUAUACAAGUGGUUUCAGGAAUUUUGAGUGGAAGGGACUAUGGAAUUCGAAUAUUGAAUUAUGUAAGAUUUACUUAGGCUUAUCCUGUAUUAAUUGCUUUAUCAAAUUUACUUGGGACAAUAAUUUGGUUUGGGAUCAGUAAAGCAGGAUUUGAUAAAAAUUGUGAUAACAAACAAAAUGACCCUGAAGAUACUUUAGAUAUAUGCAGCACAACAGGCCCUUCUCUUUCAAUUGUAUCUAAUUUCUUAUUUGUUCCGAUGGCUGUCAUCUUCUUUAUUUCUUAUUGGAAAAGAGGUGAAUCAAGACCAUUAAGUGCACUCACUCAAAUAGAGACUCCUGGAAAUACUCAUGGACUUCAUGACGUUACAAAUUUCCAAGGUGGCUAUCCUAAAAAAGUUGCACCAUAA